AUGUUGGAGGCGUCGGUGUCGUCGAUCUUAGCGUCGGUAUACUGCUGGUUCACACCGGGUGUCCUCUUCCUGUUCCUCAAUCUAGUUAUCGGCGGCAUCGCUUUCGCCUCCGUAUUCACCUCCCGCCACCAGCCCGGAAGCAGCGACACAGGAGCUUACGCCGGACACUACCUCGCCCGGUCACUCUCCCGAAGGUCCUCCGUCGUCCUCGACCGCUUUCGCACCUUCAAGCUCCACGGCGACGAAUCCCUUGAGAUCCCCGAUCUGACCGCCGCCGCCGCCACAGAGGAUGCGGACAACGCCAAAGUAUCUUCCGGUAACUUCGUCGUUCGAUCCCUCUCACGCUCCUCUUCCAUCGUCCUCGACGGCCUACGGUCGUCCUUCUACGCCCGUCGCUACGGCUCCGGCCAUAUCGAGGAUCCGACGGACGUCGCGCCUGCCGCUGGGUACGAGGUCAGCGACGAUGGCAGAGGGUACUCCGCCGUCCAUUCCCUCGCCAGAUCCAUCUCACGCUCCUCCUCAAUCGUACUCGACAGUCUCCGAUCCUUCAACCUUCAUCGAAGCCCUCCUCCAGACGCCGCCGCCUCAGGCGAGAUCGUGGACGAGGGACCCCUGGCCCUCGGGGAGCCACAGAGGGAGAAUGAGGAGGACGAGGAGCUGCAUCACUUGGACCGGAGCCUUUCGGAUACGCAUCCGACGGCGGGAGAGAUGCCGCGGAAGCUGGCGGUGCGGAUGAGGAAGUCGGCCAGCGAUAAUUCGGCGUUCGCGCACUUUAGCAAGGCGGAGGUGGAGGAGGUAGCGAGGGGGGCCGAGGAUGUUGCGGAAGGAGACGCCUACGAUCAGGUGGACGCGCGGGCGGACGACUUCAUUAACCGGUUCCGGCAGCAGCUGAAGCUGCAGCGUCUGCAGUCCAUUUUGAGGUACAAGGAGACACUUAACCAUGGAAACUAA